AGACGUCUAGGGUUUAGCUAGAAGUCUUGGCUAUGAUACAAACAGUGACGGAAAACAUAUGAGCAGUAACAAGUUUUAAUCUCUCUCUUCAGUACUAAAAUGGACUAAUCUGUAGAAGCAGUUUAUUCAAGAUCACCCAGGGUGCCAGCAACAUCAGGAGAAUUUUUUUGAAGGUUUUUUUUUUUUUUUUAAAUAAAUGUAACACCUUCUCAUCUUUUCUUCUUAAAUGGUAUCUAACAACAUAUACAUUAUAUUUACUUUUUAGAUAAGCACACAGUGGAAUAAUUCUACUUUCAAGAGGAUUACUCUUUUCUUACAAGUCCUAGAUUGGUCCUCUAAGACAACAUGAAGGAAUAUGUGCUCCUACUGUUCUUGGCUUUGUGCUCUGCCAAACAUGUCUUUAGCCCUUCAUAUAUGACUUUAAAGAAUAUGAUGCUGAAGGAUAUGGAAGAUUCAGAUGAUGAUGACAAUGACAAUGAUAACUCUCUUUUUCCAACAAGAGAACCAGUUAACCCCUUUUUUCCAUUUGAUUUGUUUCCAACAUGUCCCUUUGGAUGUCAGUGCUACUCGAGAGUUGUUCACUGCUCUGAUCUAGGUUUGAACUCAGUCCCAAGCAACAUUCCAUUUGAUACUCGAAUGUUAGACCUUCAAAACAAUAAAAUCAAGGAAAUAAAAGAAAAUGAUUUUAAAGGACUCAUUUCACUUUAUGGUCUGAUUCUGAAUAACAACAAGCUAACAAAGAUUCACCCAAAAGCCUUUCUAAGCACAAAGAAGCUGCGAAGGCUGUAUUUGUCCCACAACCAACUAGGUGAAAUACCACUUAAUCUUCCGAAGUCGUUAGCAGAACUCAGAAUUCAUGAUAAUAAAGUUAAGAAAAUACAAAAGGAUACAUUCAAAGGAAUGAAUACUUUACAUGUUCUGGAAAUGAGUGCAAAUCCUCUUGAUAAUAAUGGGAUAGAACCAGGGGCAUUUGAAGGAGUGACAGUGUUCCAUAUCAGAAUUGCAGAAGCAAAACUAACCUCAGUUCCUAAAGAACUACCAUCAACUUUACUGGAGCUUCAUUUAGAUUAUAAUAAAAUUUCAAAUGUGGAGCUGGAGGAUUUUAAAAGAUACAAAGAUCUGCAAAGGCUGGGCCUAGGAAACAACAGAAUCACAGAUAUUGAAAAUGGAAGUCUUGCUACUAUACCACGUGUAAGAGAAAUCCAUUUGGAAAACAAUAAACUUAAAAAAAUUCCUUCAGGAUUACAGGAGUUGAAAUACCUCCAGAUAAUCUUCCUUCAUUCGAAUUCAAUUACAAAAGUGGGAGUGAAUGACUUCUGUCCAACCGUGCCAAAGAUGAAGAAAUCUUUAUACAGUGCCAUAAGUUUAUUCAACAACCCGGUGAAGUACUGGGAAGUACAACCUGCAACAUUCCGCUGUGUUUUGGGCAGAAUGAGUGUUCAGCUUGGGAACUUCAGAAAGUAA